UGGGGUAAAAAUGGCAGCUACGGGAGCCGGGUCUCCCAGCCGGUUGGUCCAGUAUGUUAUUGUCCGGUCGGAUCUGGUUCACAAGCUGUCCUGGCCCCUGGGAGCCGUUAUAACUCAGGCCUGUCAUGCCGCGACCGCCGCCAUCCACCUUCACUACGGAGACCCGGACACCCAGCGGUACCUGGCCGAGCUGGACUCCAUGCAUAAAGUGGUGCUGGGGGCCCCAGACGAGGCCGCCCUCUCCGGCCUAUCAGAGACUCUAACACAGGCCGGUGUGGCCCACAAGCUUUGGAUCGAACAACCAGAAAACAUCCCCACCUGUUUGGCUCUGAAGCCAUGUCCUAAAGAGACUGUCCAGCCGCUGCUGCGCAAGUUCAAACUCUUCAAAUGACUGCCUUGAAAGACACUGUCCAGCCAAGCACCGCAAUGCAUGUCAGUACCUAAUUUCAUCUAUCAGAGGUGAAUAAGAGUUAUGCGCUUCGUCUCAGUGCAGCCUAAACACCUGCAAUGUCCAAGAUUAAAGUU